AUUGUUGAAGGCUAUCAUUAUUUUAAGGACAAACGUGCUUUCUUGACCAAUUUAAGCCCGGCCUUGAUUUGCACAAGCGCGCAUGCGCAAAAUCUGGCCGUAAGCGAUGGCGAAAUUCCUUCUCUUUAUGCAAGGAGCAGGAGGCUUGGAAGCUAACUUCUCUCCGUAAAAGUGACGACGAGGACGCAACCAAGAGGAGACUAACCGUCGGGGAGCUGAAGAUUCCGGCCAGGGUGCGAGAAAGGAAAAGGCGUUCGUGUGCAUCGUCGAGUCGUUCCGGCUGCCCUGAAAGAACCUCUUUAGUGGUGUGAAUGAGGGAAACAUGGCAGACCACACCCCACCUCUGGAGUCCGGCCAGCUUCUCAGCCCUGAGCUCCCCAUCCUGGCGUCACCGCCACCCCCAGCUAUGGUCAACGGGGAGGGCCCCCAGCAGGUAAUCCUGGUGCAGGUAAACCCAGGUGAGGCCUUCACUAUUCGACGAGAGGAUGGUCAGUUUCAAUGUAUCACAGGUCCUGCUCAGGUUCCCAUGAUGUCUCCAAAUGGUUCAGUGCCUCCAAUCUAUGUGCCUCCUGGAUACAUUUCACAGAUCAUAGAAGAGAAUGGAGUGCGGCGGGUUCUGGUUUUGCCGCAGCAACCGGAGUUCCACCCAGGCGGCCACUCCCCUCUCCACCAUCCUCCCCCACCACCCCACCCCCACCUGCCUGCCUUCAUCCCGCACCAGGCCAUGAUGCCUCCGCCGCCCCACCUCUACACGAGCAUGGCGGGCGGCGGCGACAUGGGCUCGCAGUACAUCUCCCAAUAUCACCCGGCUCACAUCUACUCAGAGCAGGUCUCUGUAGAUUCCCAUUCCCAGCAUGGACGGCCGGCCUUUGUCCACAGGGACGACAGAACCAGCAAAACGUACGAGCGUCUGCAGAAGAAGCUGAAGGAACGCCAGGGAGGCGGAGGAGGGCAGGUGAGAGACAGCCCACCCCCUUCGCCGCUCAAGACCCGCCGCAGCCCACCGACGCUGGACGUCCACAAUGGCUUGGGAGGAAAAGUGCCCGAGGCGGAGCAGGGUCAGCCUGGCCAUGCGGCGGACAAGCAGAUGGACAGAGAGCUGGAUGCAGCAGCUCAGGCCCUGCAGGCGCUGUUGAGCACCAUCAGUAAGCCGGCGGUGUCGGACAUCCAGGCCAGAGGGGCAGCAGUGAGCUGGAGUGCGCCCACCAGGCCGGAGAGCGACAGCAGCAGCACCGAGGACGACCACACCCCUCCGGGUCCCCUCAGCUACGAGGUGUCGGUGUCCUUCAGCAGCAAGGAUGGGAAGUACAAGAGCAUGUAUUGUGGCGAAGAACUAAGUGUGACUUUGGACAACCUUCGACCAGCAACGGACUACCAUGUCAGGGUGCAAGCCAUGUUUAACUGUUUACAGGGAAGCCCCUCAGAGGCCGUCAGCUUCACCACGUCCAGCUGUGAGCCGGAGCCUCCCAAUCCUCCCAGGAAGGCCAGCGGGACCAAGAACACACUGGUGCUCCAGUGGAAGCAGGCCCCAUGUGACAAUGGUUCCAAGGUCCAGAACUACAUUCUUCAAUGGGAUGAGGGCAAAGGCACGGGCGUGUUUGAGCAGUGCUACUACGGACCUCAGAAGCAGUACAGACUGACCAAACUCUCACCAGCCUCAAGAUACUCCUUCCGCCUUGCAGCCAAAAACGACAUGGGUGCCAGUGAGUUCAGUGAAGUGGUGGACCUGUUCACCUCAUGCAGUGUGCCAUUGCCGCCCUUCCCCCCAGAGCUGGAGAUGGCGGGGGUGACCUGGCUGUGUCUAAGGUGGCAGCGGCCCAACAGCUCGCCCAAGGAGGACGAGGUCUACUACGUGUUGGAGAUGGAAGAGGAAGGCUCGGGUUACGGCUUCCAGGCCAGCUACGACGGCGAUGACCUCUCCUGCACGGUCAAGAACCUCCACAGGAGUACCAAGUACAAGUUCCGGGUGGCGGCUUACAACUCUGAAGGCAAAAGUAACCCCAGCCCGGUGGUGGAGUUCAUCACCAAACCAGACAGGCCCAGCUAUCCCUCCAGGCCCGUCAUCAAGGGGAAGGUUCUACCCACCACUUUCAAGUUGGCCUGGGAUCCCCCAAAAGAGAGCGGAGGAGCCGAAGUGACAAAGUACGUCGUCGAGCUGUCCGAGGGUUUAAGCGGUUUGUCCUGGGAGCUGGUGUAUUCCGGCCCCGCCUUGGAGUGCGUGUGCGACGGCCUUAAGCCCGGCUGCUGCUACCAGACCAGAGUGUACUGCAUGAGCGAGGGGGGGCAGAGCCCGCUGUCGGAGACCCUACAGGUCCAGACUCCCGCGGUGCCCCCUGGGCCCUGCCAACCCCCCCGACUGGUGGGCAAGCCCAAAGCCCGAGAAGUGCAACUGCGCUGGGGCCCGCCGCAGGUGGACGGCGGCAGCCCCGUGUCCUGCUACAGCGUGGAACUGAGUGGGCCGCAGCCGGAGGACAGCAGGGAGGUCUAUCAGGGUCCAGAGCCGGACUGCUUUGUGGGAGGCUUGAUGCCCGGGAGGAGCUACGGAGUCCAACUCAAGGCGGGAAACAAGGCGGGGUUUGGGCCUCCUUCUGAGCGCUACGACUUUAGCACCGGAGCCGGGGCCCCGGAACAGUGCAAAGCGCCUUCCACCGUGUGCAAGUCGCCCAGCUGUGUUGUGGUCAGCUGGGAGAGUCCGCCCUGCAACGGCGCUCCAGUGACUGAAUUUCGCCUGGAGUGGGGGGCCGCCGAAGGCAGCAUGCAGGUGGUCUACAGCGGGCCGGCCCUCAGCCACGAAGUGAAGGGUCUGCUGCCUGCGAGCAACUACUUCUGCAGGGUACAGGCUGUGAACGUGGCUGGCGUGGGGCCUUUCAGCGAGGCCCUCCUGUGUCAGACCCCCUGCUCCGUGCCGGCCGCCGUCUGCAACGUUUACGUCAUGAGGGAGUCGGAGCUGACGAGGCACAAGGUCGCGGACGUGGCCGAGGACGAGGAGGACUGCAGCGUCGGGCCUCCGUACUCGCCGUCCACCUGCUUAGGAAUUUGCUGGGAUCCCCCCUGCGACCACGGUGCCGAGAUCACUUCCUACCUGAUCGACCUGGGUGAGCGCCAGCCCAUUGUGGUCGGCCGCGUCAGCAAACACGUCAUCCAGCACCUGCAGCCUGACACCAGCUACAGGAUUCGCAUCCAGGCCUUGAACAGCUUGGGAGCGGGCCCCUUUAGUCACACCUUUAAGCUGAAGACCAAGCCCCUGCCCCCUCAGCCGCCCCGCCUGGAGUGCACCGCCUUCAGCCACCAGACCCUCAAGCUCAAGUGGGGCGACGGUCCAGCCAAAGCCGCUGCCUCCGACGCCCUCCAGUAUCAGCUGCAGAUGGAGGACAAGAAUGGCAGAUUCCUAUCCUUGUACAAAGGAACCUGCCACACACACAAAGUCCAGAGGCUUAAUGAGUCUACCUCUUACGCAUUCCGCAUCCAGGCCUUUAAUGAGGCGGGCGAAGGGCCUUUCUCCAGUGUUUACACCUUCACCACCCCUCGCUCUCCUCCUGCCCCUCUCAAAGCUCCCAAGGUAGAGCGUCUGGAUGACAACUCCUGUGAGGUCACCUGGGAGGCCUUGUCGCCCAUGAAGGGAGACCCCAUCAUCUACACCUUGCAGUCCAUGGUGGGCAACUCUGAGUUCAAGCAGGCCUACAAAGGUUCCGGCACGUCCUUCACAGUUCCGCACCUGCACGCCAACAGCGACUACCGCUUCCGGGUUUGCGCCAUCCGGCAGUGCCAGGACGCCCCCGAGCUGAGCGGCCCUUACAGCCCCACGGUGACCCUCCCUGUCCAGCGCUGCGAGGCGGCGCCGGGCAGCCCGGCGGCCUCGUCCUCCUCCCGGGCCGAGUCGGGCCGGGCCAGACGCAGCUUGACGGACGAGCAGUGCGCCUUUCUCCUCCUCAUGGUGUUCGCCGUCAUCGCCAUCCUCAUCGCGUUUGUCAUCCAGUACUUUGUCAUCAAGUGAGCGCCGCCGCCCUCCUCACCACUCACCCCGCUGCACGGUUCUUAUAGCUUUAUUCUUUUUCCCGCUCUUUUUUUCCCCGUCAGCGCAGGCCUCGGGGGGCGGCGCUUUGGGAGUGAUUAGUGCCUGUGAUCACUUCCUCUCUCAAACCCCGCCCUCUUCUCGCUCGCCCACUGGUGUGCGAAAGGGGGCGGGGCCACAUAGUGACACAGUAUUGAUACGCUUCGAAGGAAAAAGUCUUUAUUCGCAGCAGUUUGUCAUCGUGUUCAUUAGUGUCUUUUUAACAAAGCUUUCAUUUAUGUAACUGAACUUUUUUGCCUUGAAAUUUUGUGAACUUAAUUUUAUUUUACAACAAAUUAUGCUGACAAAAUCAUUUAUUAAAAAAUGAAUUCAGUUUGUUAAAAUACAGUGUGUAAAAAAUUUAGUUGAAAAAAAAUCAUUGUGAAAAAAAAAUUCAGCAUAAAAAUUUGACAGGUAAGCAAGCAGGACCAUGACACUGUAUUAAAAUUCAGUGUAUAUGUAUAAACAUUUAGUGUAUAAAAAUUCAGUGUAUAUAAAUUAUUUGUGAAAAAAAUUAGUAUAAAAAUUCAGUCUUAAAAAAUAAAUCAGUGUAUGAAAAUCUUGUGUAAAAAAAUGUGUGUAAAAAUGUCUAAAAAUUCAGUAUAAAAAAUUAUGUGUAUAAAAAUUCCACCCAUCCAUCUUCUACCACUUUGCCCGUUUUGGACUCACGGAGGGGCUGCAGCCAAUUCCAGCUACACUCAGGCGGAAGUUAGCAUAAAAAAAGUUUGAUGUUUAAAAAAAUCAGUUUAUCAGUGUAUUAAAAUUCAGCACAAAUUCAGCGUAUAAAAACUCAGCGUAUAAAAAUUCAGUAUAUCAGUGUAUUAAAAUAGAACAUGAAAUAAUCGGUGUAUAAAAAGUGAAGUGUAUAAAAUUCAGCUUAUAAUAUUCACUGUAUAGAAAUUCAGCAUAAAAAAUCAGUAUAUCAGUUUAUUAAAUUCAGCAUAAAAAAUCAGUGUAUAAAAUAUUCAGAGUAUAAAAUUCACUGUAUAAAAAUUCAGCGUAAAAAAAUCUGUAUUGAAAUUCAGCAUAAAAAAUUCAUUAUAAAAAUUCAGUGUAAGAAUUCAACUUUAAAAAAAUCAGUAUAAAAUCUCAGCGUAAAAAAAAUCAAUGUAUAAAAAAAAUCCAGUCUACAAAAAUUCAGUGUUUAAAAAUUCAGUUAAGAAUUUAAUGUAUAAGAAUUAGGUGUGUAAUAAUUCAGCGUAUCAGAAUCCAGUGUAUAAAAAAUCAGUGUAAAUAAAAUUCAAUGUAUAAAAAUUCAGUGUUUAAAAAAAUCAGCGCAAAUAAAAUUUAGUGUAUAAAAGUUAUAGUGUGUAAAAAGUCUGUGUAAAACUGUUCAGUCCUGAAAAAUUCAAACCUGGUGACGGAAAACUUGACACCUCACUGGCUGGUCCUGACACAAGAUCAAUUGUUUCAGUCCUAAUUUACCAAAAGUUGCUGUUAAGUUUUCAAGCAUUGAAUUUUUACCUUCUGAAUUUUAAAACCGUGAAUCUAUAAAACACACUGUUUGUUCAUAAUUUUUUUCAAUAAUGUUGUCAGCAUAUUUUGAUGAACAAAAAUUCAGUUGACAAAAUUCAAACGCAAAAUAAAACAAUUACCUUCAAAAAUAAGCUUUGGUAAUUAAAGACACAAAGUAACAAAACAAAGGUAAUGUAGGCGUGCCAGGAUCUGGUGGGCGGAGUUUGCACAGUGAAGGAUAGUGAGGGGGUGGGGGGUGUCUAGAUGCUAAAAAAAAUCUAAAUAAUAAAAACGGGACCACAUGAAGGGACUUUUUAAAAGAAAAAAAAAACAAAAAACAACCCUGGUGGAUUUUAAGGCGGUUUAAGGCGUACAAAAAACGAAACUGAUUCAGCACUUUCCAGAUGUUUUUCAUGUUGGGAAUGUUUAAGGACGUGAACGUGUGACCGCAGAAAUGUUGCUAUAUUUUUGUACAGUGGCGACAAAAACAUCAAGAAACCAAACUAACAGUCAACUUUGAUUUUUUUUUUACUUUUUACGUCAUGCAGCUGCUUAACCAAUUAUCAUAUUCAUAAUAAUACUGUCCAGCACAAAAUGUUUUCUUUCCAGUCAUUGAUUUGAUGUGCAAAACCGUGACUGACUUUUUAUGGAGCACACCUUUGCGUUUGUGUCGUUUUUGUUGUCCUUUUAAAAGUUGUGCGUCGCUGCAAUGGCCUUCAUUGGAGGAGAAAAACAAUCUUUUUUGUAUAUAUAUGUGUAUAUAUAUAUACAUACACACGUGUAUAUAUACAUAUAUAUAUAUAUACAUUUAUAUAUAUAUAGUGUUGGAAAUCAUUCAAAUGUUUUAUUUGAUAUCUUUUUUCGACGUCAGUAAAUAACGGUAUGGAAAGUAGUCGGUCGUGCGUGUUUUACUUUUCGAUGAUUUCCUUUGAUUUGGCUUUGUCAGGGUUCCGUGUGAAGUGUAUGAAUAUAUAUUUUUUAUAUGAUACUAUAGGUUAACGGGAACACCCGCGUGAUAUCAUGUACUUCCUGGGUCGUGUGCGUUUCUUUUCGUCUUGUCCGCUUGCGGCCAGUCCACGUGUUUAUUCAAAAGACAAAAAGAUCCGACGGCCAUCUUGCUAAAAACCGCAUCAUGUGAUUGGCUCCCGGGAACAAAUCCCCGUCUUUGAUAGCGGAUUGUACCGAUUCAGCGCCUCCGCCGCCCGUUUGGUUGCUUGAGGAGAUUUCACGAAUAAAACCCAAAUAUGCACAAAAAUGGAGAAAGAGCAUUUUAAUGUAAUUUUAAUAUUUGCGGUUACCUCACACACCUCUACAUUCCAAGAUGACAAUUUGUUAUACUUAGCAGACAUAUCACUUUCAGAUGUUCGUUAUGGAGAAAAUGUAUAAUCAUAGAAAUGUAUUUAAAAGUGUAUAUGUAUAGCCAUGAUAUCUACAAAAAAUCCAUGCACAAUAAAAGAUUUAUCAUUCUUAA